CAGCCCCGCCCAUUUAUAAUUCUGCAGUGCUGCUGAGCUCAGUGACUGCAGAAAUGGAGCCUAGACAGAAGACAAGUCGAGCUAGAGUCUGGCAGAAGGAAUGGGAGAGCAUGCCUUGGGACAAUACGAGAAGAACUGCUUGUACAGAGACGACAGACCCAACCUUUCAAGCACAAUCUGAGCGGAUUGGCAACAAAAGAUGUGCAAAAAUGGAGAAGUACAAAGACUACCAAGUGUUCUAUUAUGGAUCAGAGAGGGAAAAGGCAGUGAGAAAGAGUCAUCUUCGUGAUGAGCUAAAAAUGCAACUGGGCCAGAUUGAAAACCCUCGCCACUUGUUUGCUAAGAGUUUUGAAGAGUCAGAUAAACUAGCUGAAGAAGAGAGACAAAAUACGAUCAAAGACAACGAGGCUCAAGUGGAAAAGAGAAAAUUCCUAUCCCAGUUCAGAGAUGAAAAUAAAAUGCUAAUUGAAGUACAUGCUGCCCAGAGGAAAGCAGAGAGAAGAGCUGAACGGGACGCAGACAAGCAGCGUAUGGAAGAGACUAACCCAAUCAACUGGAGCCAUACCUUGUGGUAGUGGUAGCUAUACUUAAGAACCGAUGGCUUAAUUUCUUACAUUAUAAGUUUCUCAAUCAUAAUU